AUGAAGCAAUUUAAUUAAUUGAAAAACUUUAACUAUUAUGUAGCGAGCUACCAUAUAUUACUUGAAAUAAAUUUUAUAAACUUAAACAGAUUAUGUUUAUAUUUGAUUCAUUUGAUUUCAGAAUUUUAAAUAUUUGGAAUUUUGGUAUUAAAUUUAAACGAAGAAUUACUUAAAUUACCAAUGAUGAACAUUGAUUAUGGAUUGAAUGUUAUUUCUAUUAUUUCAAGACCAUAUAAAUUACUUGUCCAAAAUAACUUUUUUUUAUAUUCUUAUACAAUCCCAUUAGCAAUUCUAUUGUUAUAUAUAGUCCACUAAAUAAUUACAUUUUAUUAGUUUUCAAAGUAGUCUUAAAAAAGUAUAACAGAAUAUGUAAUGAAAAGCAAUAAUAUUAAACUCAUUUUUCAUGGUUUAAAUUUAAUUUUUUUAGCAAUUUUUGAUAAGCUAUUCUGUAUACCAUGUAUUCAGUUGGUUUGUUAUUCAAUUCAAAAAAAUAUUAAUAUAGAAACUUAUGGAGUUGUAGAAUUUAUAAAUACAUUAUUUUCAAUUUUAGCACUUUUUCUAAUAUUUUGGAUACAAUUAUUAUAUUUAAUGUUAAUUAAAGAAGCGAUUACAUUAUAACUAUUUAAUUUUAAAGUGUUAAUAUUUUAAGGAUUAGAUUAUUUUUAUACAUUGAUAAUUUAUAUUUUAGUGAUAAUUGAUUGUAUGAAUUUAGAAAAGGUUGUUAAGAAUUAUCUAAUUUUUGUUAUGUUUGUAAUUUCAUCUAUCAUAAAAUUGAAUUAAUUUAUGACCAAGUAUCAGUAUAUAUGUGAAAUACAAGAUUAUUUAAUUAAUUUAAAUGUUACAUUCAUUAUGAUAUCAGCAGCUUUGAUGGGUAAUGAAUUUAUAGAGGAUAAGAAGAAUUUAAUCAUUAUUAUAGUACUUAUUCCAAGUUUAUUGAUAACAAUUAUUUAAUAAUUUAAAAAAAAAAUUGAUUUUAGUAUGAUUGUUAUGCUACCUGAAAAUUAAUCAACAUAGACAUAACAAUAUUUGAUCAGUGUUUUUUCAUAAAAAGAUUCAUUAAAUAAUAUUCAAUAAUUUAGUCUUUCUUUAUUUUUAUUUUACCAUAAGAGCAAUUGUUAAGACAAAUCAUGUUCAUGUAAAAAGCAAAGAUUUUUGGAAAAUGAAAUAAAAUUAAGAUAAUUAUAUCUAAAAUAAUUAAUAUUAGAUUUCGGGAAAUCCAUAAACAAAUUAACUGAUUAAAGUUUAAAAGGAUUCUUCUCCCUAUUUUAUAUAUAAAGUUUGAUAGCAAUUAAUUAAUCAGUAAAGGCUUAUCAAUAAACUAAUAUAUUAUUACUAAAAUAAAAUGUGCAUUAAAAUAUUGAUCAGUAAAACAUUUUUAGUGAAUAAACAAGUUAUUCAGUUACAAUUGAAGAAAAUUAAAAUGUUUAUAAAAAGAAGAGCAACUCAGAUAUGAUUCAUAAACUUGAAAAGAUCUCCUUAAAUUAUAUUAGUUAUAUUAAUCUUAUAAAAAUCAGUAUAAUAUUAGAGAUAGCAAAAUAAAAUUUAAUAUCAAGCUUUAGUUUUGGAAAUGUUGUAUAGAAAACCUAAUUAAGUUAAAGUGUAUAAUUAUAUAUGAAAGUAGAGGAAUAGCAUCAAUAAUUAAAACAGAAUAUUAUAAAUAUUAUCAAUAGGAAAAAAGAUAUCUUUAUGAUAAUGUCUUCAACUACGAGAUUAAAUCCUGAAAGAUUUUUACAUUAAUGUUUAGAUUUAAUAAAAAAAAUAAACUUUAUGGAAAAUUAAUUGUAACAUUUGUUUUAAGAAUUUCCAAGCAAAAAAAUGCAAUCUAUAUAUUCAUUUUAUUGUGCUGAAAUAUUAAAUAGUUUUAUGUAAGCCUAUAGGAUUAUAAAUUAUAAUGCAAUUUCUGAUAAUGCGUUAAUUAAAAUAUAAAAAAAUUAUUAAGUUGAUUUAUUGACUACAUAAUUACAUUAUAUGAUUUUAGUAAUGGAUCACUAAGGAACAGGAUUAUAGAUAGUAGAAAGAUCUCAUUAAAUGCAUAAAAUAGCUGAAUAUGAUCAAUAAGAUUUUAAAGAAGUUAAAAGUAUACUUUCCUUAUUGCCAAGAGGAUUUUCAACAAUACAUAAGCACUUAAUUGAAGAUUUUCUUAUUUCUGGUAGAUCUAAAUUUUUUAGAGAAUAAAAUGUGAAUUUAAUUUUACAAAAAGAUUAAUUUUUAAGUCCAGUUGAUUUUUUUUUUGAUUUUGAUUUAACAAAAUUGUAAGAAUUAACAUUUUAAGUUUUUUUCUCAGAAAAUAAUGGAACAAAUUCAUAUCUUAUCCUAAACAAUAAACAUUUAAUAUUAGGUAUUACUAGAGAAUUAUGUAAGUAAUUGAAAUUAUAAGAUUUUGAAUAUGAAAAAAUGCCAGAUUUAUUUUACUUAACUGAUAUUCAAUAAUUAAUUCCAGAAUAUUUUUCAUUAAUAGAUUAAAAUAAAAUAGAUAAAAGUUAACCUUUCUCAAAUGUUUAAAUUAUAUUUAAUGAUAAAUUUUAAAUUGGUUAAAAAUCUAUUCAAACUUAUUCUGAUCAAAUGAAAAAAAACCCAGAUUGUAUUAGAUCAUAUUAUGCAAAUAUUGUUGUAACUAUUAGAUUAACUCAUUCUAUUAUAGAAAUUAAAAAUGUUGUGGAAUCAAAAAAGUCUAUCUAAUAAGAUUCAAAUGAUUAGGAUUAUUUCGAAUAAGAACUAUAUGAUUUUAUUGAAGAAUUCCAUAUACAAUAACCUAAUUAAUUUAAUGAUGAUUUAUUUCCAAAACUACAAAAAGAAAUAGAUAUUUAAAAUGAUUGUUUUAUAUAAGAAGAAAUACAAGAAAAUGUUGAUUAAAUAGAUACUAACAGAGUUGUAUCAUUGUAAUAAAGAUAAUUAAUAUCAGAAUCUAUUUAGUAAUUUGAAUUAAUAAGUCCUGGAAGAAGCAAUAGAUAAUUAAUUGAUAAAACAACAAGUUUUGCUACUCAUUAAAUAAAUUUAAGUUGCUAAUAAAGAUUUUUUUAAAAUUAAAUUGAAGAAAAAGAAAAAGAACAGUCUUAAUCUAAUCCAUCAGCAGCUGAAAAAGGAUUUGGAUAAUUAAAUUAUGAUUAAAACUAAUAAAAUGCUGAAAUUAGAGAAAAUUUAAGAUAACAAUUAAAUGAAGAAAAUCAAACAUCUAUACAUGCAAAAAAACUUAAUUUAGAUAAUGCAGCAUCUAGUACUUUAGGAACUUUUUCAUAAAAUUUUUAAUUGUUUAAAAAAUACGAAUUAAUUUAAUUAAUAGUUUCAUCUAUCAAAUUUUCAAUUAUGUUUGAUUUAAUGAUAUUUUCUCUUUUGCUUGUUUCAUUGGUAUCAGCUCUAUUUGCUAUUAUUUUAAUCAAUAAUUCAAGUUCUGAUAUUUAUAGUGCACUGAGUUAAUUAUAAAUGUUAGAAUUUUACACUUCAUUUAUGAAUCCUUGUUAUUUGUUUUUAUCAUCAUUUACUUCAAUAUAUAAUUACAGGUAUGGAUCCUUUGAACAUUUAUAAAAAUAGAAUAUUGAAUCUUUAAUCCAAUAUCAUCAGCGUAACAUUAAUUAAUCAUUUUUAAAUAUUAAAUAAAGUUACUCUAAUUAAUCUAAAGGUAGUUUGUUAUAAGAAGACCUUUCAACAACAUUCAUAAAUUUCAAAUACCUUAAGUAAAAUGAUUAUUCUAUUGAAGAAAUUUCAUUAAGAGAAGCAAUUUUUUAAAUUAUUCAAUAUUAAUAUAACUUUUAGUUCAUCUUUACUUAAGAAAAUGGACUACAAUAAAUGAUUGAAUAAUUUAUGUAGUACAUAGUUAAUUUAGAGGAUAUCAAUAAUGAAAUCCUUAAUUUAAAUACAGAAAUUAUAACUCAUAUUAGUGAUAGUAAUUUAUUAUUAUAAAAUAAGUGGAUUGUCCUUUGUGUUAGGUGCACUUAUUUAAUUUUAUUAUUUUAACUAUCAGCAUGGCUAUUAUAUAUUAAACACAUAAGAAAAUAUUCUAAAAUCUUAAAAUUAUUUCAAAAAGUAGACAUAGUUUGGGUUUUAAGAGAUUUGGAAAGAUGUAAAGAAUUAUUGAGUUUAUUAAACAAAGAUUCUAAUUUAAUGUUUAGAUAUAAAUUUAAUAUAUUUUUAAAAGAAAGAUUUUUUAGAAGUGAAUUAUCUAAAAAACACAUUAUUUAAGAUAAGAUUAAGAGAACUGGAUUCAUAAAAUUAGAUACUAAAUAAAAAUUAUUAUUAAGUAGGCUUCGUAGUUUUAUUUUUUUCUCCACUUUAUUUGUGAUUUUCUUUCUUUAUUCAUUUAUUAUGAAUGUAUAAGGAAUAGAUUUCAUGGACUUCUAUCAAAUGAAGAGUUUACAAUAUAAUUCUAUAGGUGACCUUAGUUUAUCUAUUCCUAAAGCUUAUAGCCUAAGAGAAUUAAACUAUUUUAAAAGUAAUAACUUUUUUGGUUACGAAUAUAUAUAAUAAAAUUUAACAGAAUAAUAUGUCCAAAUCAUAUAGAGUAGUUUAGAUAUAUUAAGCAAUUAUUUAUAAACUUAUACAAUUUUUGAGAGUAAUUAUAAUGAUUAGACUAUAUUAAGUUUAAAUAAUAAAACAUUAUGUGAAGAAGAUAGUAUUGCCAAGACAUUUGAUUUACAGUAACAUUAUUUAUGUAAAUAAAUUUAUGAUAAUGUUAUGGAUAGAGGUCUUUCAAUUACAAUUACUAAAAUUAGAGAUAUUUUGUUGACUGAGAUGAAUAAUUCCUAAUUAUAUACUUAAAGAACUAAUCCACCAUUUAAUGAAAUAGAAAUAGGUAUUUAUUUGAGUGUGAUUAUUAUGAAUGUUUUAUAAACCAUUAAAGCAGGAUUAUCAGAUUAAGCAGAUUAAUUAAAUAUGACUAUUUAGGUAAUUCUAAAAUUAUAAUUUAGAUUGUUUCCAUUAUAUAUUUAGUAUUUACUUUCCUUAAGAUAAUUUUGGUUAUUUUGUUUGUUAGGAGCUAUUAUUUGAAUGAAUUUCAAAAUAUUAAAAAACUAAUAAUCUUAUUACCAUAGGCUGCAUUAUUUAUUGAUGAUUUAUUUGAAAGACAACUAAGAUAGCUCAUAGCUAAAGAAAAUCUCGUUUGA